AUGCUCAGCUCAAGUUCCGGAUCUGAUGCAAAUUCAAGACAGAGCCGUGGUCCUCUUUGCAAUUGUGGUAGAGCGACAAGUAUUGUGACAGCAUGGACAAAUGAGAAUCCGAGUAGAAGAUUCUUCAGAUGUGCUGUACAUGGUUUACUCAAUUGGGUAGAUGAAGAUAAGCCACACGGUUGGCAGAAAGUGAGAUUACUCGAGGCGAGAGAUGAGAUCAAGGCACUAAAAGAAUCUUUAAAGAUCAUGAAUGAACAAAUUAGGAUAGGUUCCACCACAUUCUCCACUGACCUAGUAAAGAAACAUGAGGAAGAGAAGAUGAAGCUUGAAAUUGAAGUGAUGAGAGCUAAUGAGGAGAACAAGAAGCUUGGAAAUGAAGUUAUGAGAGCUAAUGAGAGGGAAAAAUUGCUUCGGCAGUUUGUGGUGAUGUCUUGGGGAGGUUUCAUUGUUGUUAUUGCAAUGAUACUUGUAAUGGGAAAGAAGUAG